AUGAAAGGGAGGUUCCAUUCAAUUGUGUUUCAAUAUAGUGGGCUGUUUAAACAAAUUGUAUACGCAAAUAGGAUCUGCAACAGGUCCGUUGUCCUCUCAUACAAAAUACUUGGUGAAGGUGCCGCAGAAGAACCGCCUAUAUUUCUACUUCACGGAUUGUUGGGGAACAAAAAACAAUGGGAAUCCAUAGGAAAGAUUAUAUUCAACCUGACAAAAAGAACAGUAGUGGCCGUAGAUUUACGAAACCAUGGUGAUAGUCCGCAAGUCAAUUCUCACAAGUAUGAAGAUAUGGCUUCAGACAUUAUGAAUUUAUUUGAAAAGUUAGGCGUUAAACAAGCAAGCUUGCUCGGUCACAGCAUGGGAGGGAAGGCCGCUAUGUGCUCAGCUCUGUUAUCGCCACUUAAAGUGACUGGUGUUCUAGUUGUUGAUGUAUCUCCUGUGUCGCCGUCAGUGCACUAUAGAGAUGAAUUCCCGAAAAUUUUUACUGCGAUGAAAGCUGUUGAUUUUAAAAAGACAAGAAAAGAGAAUCUUGCUAAGAAAGAAGCUAAAAAUCAAUUGAAAACUGUAAUAUCUGACGAUUACCUGCUGAACGGUAUUAUCUCGAAUAUUAAAGUAAAAACAGACAACACAAUCGGUUGGACAGUCAAUAUUGAUGUGCUGAUGAAACAUAUCCAAAAUAUUGCGGAAUUCCCCAAAUCGUUGAAAAAGAAAAAAUAUUUUGGGCCAUCUUUGUUCGUCGGGGGACAAUUGUCAGAGUUAAUCCCGCCCGACGACCUACCAGAUAUUCGAGAUAUUUUUCCAAGAGCAGUGGUUACGUAUAUUCCCAAGACACGGCAUUACGUCCACAUCGAUGAUCCGGCGUCUUUUUUGGAGUUAACCAUAUCUUUUAUUAGAACUCAUCACUUCAAACGCCAUUUAACACCACCUCCAUGGGCGUAGCCACGGUGCGGCAGGGUGGAGCGGUUGCCCCACUCUACCUCAGACCUGACAGUUAUCUAAAUCAUCUAGGUACUAAAACUAAGUAUUUAUAAGAAAUUUAUUGUCGACACCAAAAUCUGUAAUUAAAAUAAAAGAGCGUAAAUAGCCGCAACCAUAUUUUUCGUUUCGUCAUCA